UUUUUUUCCGAAUCAGAACAAAUAAACAACUUCAAGAAAUCCGUAAUAAUUAAGGUAUAAAAAGACAACACCGACCUUAUGUUUUCAUCGACUGCAGAAGACGUCCUUCUGAAAGGUUUCUGUACCUGCAUCAAGGAGCUGAACAACAUCUACCAUGAAGAUUACACUGCUCUGCGCUUCUUGGUCGUCUUCCUGGCCAUCUCGUGCGCCAAGGGCGGUAAGGAAAUGAUGUACGAAUAUGAUGGUGAGAUGGGAGACGAUGGAAUGAUGUACGACUAUAAUGACGUGAGGACCGGUGAAGAAAUUGGAGACCGCAAUGUAGGGUGUAGGCGGUGGUGUACGGUAUCAUAUCGCGGUAUCAGCCAGAGAUGGUGCUGCUGUCCUGGUACUAUUGUGAACUGGUUUUGCCCUAGAGUAUCUAGACACUAGAGCAACAAACAACAAGACCAACAUCCCGGAACACGGAUUGGACUGGCACUCGAUUCGAUAGCAAUGUAUCAAUAUAUAUAUAUAUCAAUGUAUUGUGUGCAUUAAAAAAAAUAAUAAUAUAUGAAUGUAACUUUGGGGUUGUGUUAUUACUAGGACCAUGUUAUAUUAUAAAUACAUGUACAUUUACUAGAAAUAAAUAGGUUUAGCAAGAUUGCAAUACUGUUCAUGUUAUUAAUAGGAAAAGCUUUCAUUAGCACACGCUGUUGCGCAGAUUCGCGGUAGUGAAAGUAAGCAUUAAUUCGCACACUUAAUUUCGUAGAACAUUUAACACGACUCUGAAUUA